CCGGAACCGGAAAAGGGAUCAUGGCCUGUUUUCCAUUGCGUUUCAGGUUUCGCAGUGUAUUCCAUCAACUAUUGGGCGAAAGCAGUCUUUAAAAGUAAAUUUAGCUCGCUUUUCUUACUAGUAACCCCGACUACUGACACAAAUAUGAGCGACACUGAGAAAGAAUUCCGAGACAAGGUUGAGGUUGGAAGAAAAGAAAAAGGCGGAAGAAGUUUCAGACGCAAAGUUGUUUUUUGUUUGAAGCCGAUGAUGCUGUUGAUGCAUGCUAAUGUAUUGGAAGCGGAAAAAAGAAGAUCUGCCCCCUCGACUAGUGUUGUAAUGGCAGUUGCUAAAUUGGGGAAGAGGAUCAAAAAAAGAAGCCUUAAGAAUGUCAAAGAGAAGAAAGAAGAAUGAAGGGUUGUUUUGAAGUAAUGAAGUAAAAGAAGUAAUGAAGUUAUGAUCAGAAGUUUGGCCGGGUAGGAGUAAUUUCUUAAAAGCCUGUUAUGUUGCUACUCUUUCUUCCUGUUUCUUUUUCUAAAUCAUGCAUGUUAAUAAAUCCUUUUUUUAAAUCUGUAAUUCUCACUCGCCAACCCCCACCCCACAAUUCAGGAAUGUCCUUCUCAGCUAAAUAAGUAAUACAUUACUGUCACAAUGUGUUUUAAUGUAACUGUUGUUUAUUUCUGGCAAAAAAAUAAGCUAAUUGCAAAAAAAACAUUUCUAUAGGGGGUUUUAAAGGCGAGUAGAGUCAGCUCUUGACUCAAUUUUGUUAUUAUUUUCUUGUCUUUGCUUUUUAACUCAAUGUCUGAUUUGUCCAGGAGUCACAGCCUGGCUCGGGGAGUUCCUCCCCUCGGCGAUCUUUAAAAUCGGCCAGCCGCUCGCCGGCACGCUCCAAAGGAGGAUCCCACCGUUCUCGGUCACGGUCUCGUUCGCGGUCCAGGUCCAGAUCCAAAUCCAAGUCGAGAUCCCGUUCUCACCGAAGCUCGCGUAGGAACUACUCGCGCUCUCGCUCCCGGUCUCACCGCCGUCGCUCCAGAAGCCGCUCUGGCAGCGGUGAAUCCCGCCGUCGCAGGAGUCACAGCCGCUCUCCCAUGUCCAACCGACGCCGGCACAUCGGCAACAGGGCCAACCCAGACCCCAACAUGUGUCUGGGUGUGUUUGGCCUGAGUCUGUACACCACCGAGAGGGACCUGAGGGAGGUGUUCUCCAAGUACGGCCCCCUGGCGGACGUCAACAUCGUGUACGACCAGCAGUCUCGCCGCUCCAGAGGCUUUGCUUUCGUCUACUUUGAGAACUACGGGGACUCCAAGGAGGCCAAGGAGCACGCUAAUGGGAUGGAGCUGGACGGUCGCCGGAUCCGAGUGGAUUUUUCCAUUACCAAGCGAGCGCACACCCCUACCCCUGGUAUCUAUAUGGGAAGACCCACAUAUGGUGGUAGGGAUGGGGGUGGCGGCGGCAGCAGCAGCAGCAGCGGUGGCGGCGGCGGCAGCUCAUCGAGGCGCAUGUCAAGGGACUACGACAGAGGAUACGACCGAGGGUACGACAGAGGUUAUGACCGGGACUAUGAUCGCUACGAGGACAGAGAGUACAGAUCGUACAGACGAAGGUCUCCAUCACCUUACUACAGCAGAGGGUACCGCUCUCGAUCCAGAUCACGGUCCUACUCCCCACGCCACUACUGAGCAGUGAGUCGUCAUCCCAUGUUUUAUAUUUGUUUUGACCACGGCACGGCGAGCAAGUACACACUUCCUUUUAAUGUCUGCGGAACCUUGGUUAGUGGUGGGGGGAAAGCAUGAAAAUACAACUAAAUAAUUUUUUGUGCACAGCACUCCAAUCCCUGAAUUUUCAACUUGCUUUGCUGUGAAACCUGGAAUCAAAAUGACAAUGUAAUGUGGUAGCAAAGCUAAAAGUACAGAUUUUUUUUUUUAGUGUGAAAUUGGCUUUGAAGCCUGGAUGUUUUUUUAUAUACAAGCAAGUUUGUCAGUGACAUUUCCAGCUUCAUGUAGUGGUUUGUAUGCAGCUGCUUUUCUUUUUUGGCCCUCCUCUUGACAAUUGUUAAUGUUCUCACAUGUUAAAGUUAAAGUACCAAUGAUUGUCACACACACUAGGUGUGGUGAAAUUAUUCUCUGCAUUUCUGUAGCUAUUGUUCCAAGAAGUCUCGGUCAUCAAACAUAAAACAUGUUUUUCCUCUACAGAUCAAAUCAUACUUUCUGCAUUGUAUUGAAUACAUCUUUACUCAAGGUGUUGAAUGUAGAGAUCUUCUGUUUGUGAUACAUAUUGUCACAGGUUUCCCAAUGUUAAGGAGUAAAAAAUAACAUGUAUAUAAUUGCUUGGGUCCCUUCUGCAGUUUAGUCAUGAGUUGGCUACACUUGAUCUGAGUUGUAUGUAUCGUACAUUUUAUUGUUUUGAGUUCUAAAUAAAAGAUCACAGGAUCA